GUCAGUUCGGUUGGGUCUGCUGCGAGGAGGGCACAUACGGGUAACCCGAGGCCAGGGAAGGUUUCAUGGCGGACUCUAGAAUGCCGGUGUCACCAAAUUGUUCAGCAGCUCUUAUAUACACUCAACAGAAGUACUACACUAAAGCAUUUAAAGAUUUAUUGAAAGUGAUACAGGACAGUGGGUGGAACGAUAAUAGGAGUUCUGAUUCAUCUGAUUCAAGCGAGCUUGAAACUGAUGAGGAACAGCAAGCAGUGUACCAAAGCCAAGACAUCGGCACACACCUUUAUACCAAUACAGAUGUCACGUUGCCAUCUUAUUUAGUGGCGAACACAUGCACUGAACCAUCCGUGGAAGCUACCGCAGUUGGAAAGCAUAACUCAAGAAAAUCACAAAGCAGUUUUAUCAAGGGUACAAAUUCUCUUCCUCCUGAAGUUGCUGACAUCUAUGAGGAAUUAUGUGGAAUUUACCAGAAACUUCAGCAAGAAAGAUUGUCACAGCAAGAGUAUUCACUUCAGCUGAAAAAGAGAGAAAAAUGUUUACAGCAAAAGGAAGAAAUGCUUUUCAAACAUCAGACUACACUGAGCAAAAUUAAAGGAUUUGAGGAAAUUGUUCAUGCCAAACUUCGAAUAAUGAAAGAGCAACAUAAUGUAGAAAUGAAGCAGCUCUCAAAUGCCCUGAAAGAGAAGGCAAAAGAAAACAAGAGGCUCAAAUCCUCCUUUGACACCUUAAAAGAAAUGAAUGAUGCCUUAAAAAAACAGUUAAAUGAAGUUAGUGAGCAGAACAAGCAACUGGAAAUGCAAGCAAGGAAAGUCCAGGCUCGUCUAGAAAACUUACAAAGAAAGCAAGCAUUCCAAGAAGUGCAAAAGUGCAAAGAGGUAUCACAAGCAACACAGUAUUUAAAACCUAAACAGACAGAGAAGGCAUCUGUUUCUAUGAAGCUUAAGGUCCCUCACAGUGUUCAAGUAUAUGAGCUUUUAACUGUGUUAAUGGACUGGAUCUCUGAUGUGGAGAUUAGCAAUCCUAAAUCAGAAGAAAAUGGAAGCAGGGGGAAAUCAUUAUGCAUAAAUCAAUUGCCCGCAAACUAUGUUCAGGAAAAGUGUGCCAAGAUUCUUCCUGUUGUAGUAGAACAGUUCCAGUUGGCACCAUUGCUCAGUCCUAAGCUACAGUUUUCGCUCAUUAAAUUUGCUUAUUGGAUUUUAAGGCAGCUAGGAAAGGGAUCCCAGUCAACUAUGGCUUCAACUCUGCGAAGACUUGGUGAAGACACAUUCAAAGGAGUAACCUAUAAACCCACAGAAGGGAAGCAUGGUGAAAGAGCCGCAGACAACAAAAUUAAGCUUGCAGCAUUCUAUAAAAGCAAUAACUUCUCACUGAGAUUCUUAUCAACUUUAAUUGUUCUUAAAACUGUUACUCAAGUGGACUACCUUGCUCAGGCUUUGGAUACACUCUGUAUGGAUUUGAAAUCUGAUGAAGGAAGAGAGCUGUUUGUGGAGUAUGAUGCAGUGGAGAUUGUUUUAAAGCUAUUACAUUUGCCAAACAGGUGUCUUAUUUCCAGCGUACUUGAUAUCUUACUUCAGCUGUCAAUGGAGCCUAGAUUUUUUGAGCCUUUUGUGGAAAACUGUAGCAAUGAGGCAUUUUUUAAGAAUGCUGCAGCGUUGCUUCGGGAUCCUAAAUCUGACGUGCCAGUUCUGGAAAAGCUAAGUGUCGUCCUUCAAAAGCUCUCCAAAAUUAAGAGCAAUAAAAAAUACUUUGAGCUUUUUAACAUUCCUCAGCAAAUUCAAGAAAUACAGAGGAGUGCAAAUCCAGACCAUGCCUUCCUGGUAAUCAAUCUGAACUCUGUUCUUUUCCAUUUGGGUUAUACAAAAGGCAGCAUACUUUCCUCUAGUGCAAAUACCAAUUAUUAACUGUUGUAGGCAGAUAUAUCUGUGCCCUUCAACAAGAGGGUGAGUGGUAUGUGAUACAGUCCUUCAGUUGUUACUUUGUGCUUUUGGAGUAUUGGUACUUUCUUACUGAAAAAGGCAAUCUUAACUUUAACAAAAGUAUGUUGUGCAUGGCAAUAUCCUAAACAGUGUUUCAGCUGGUCUUCAGUUUCUAUGGUUUUUCAGAUGAUUAACCUUCCUAUUCUGCCUCUUUUCAGUCUCAAAUCAGUUUUUUGGCAUUAUAACCCUAACAUAAAGAAAAAAGUCCCAUUGACUGUGAAGCAUUAGUGUUCGUAUGUUUUAUUGCUUCUUAUGUUUUUAAUGCUUUAUUGCUCUACUCUGUUUUUCAUUGUAACAUCUAGACAGCUACCUGGUUGCUAGGAUCAUAUGGACCAAGCAAUCAGAUGGCGGUUAAAGUCCGCUUAACAGAAAAAGUAAUUAAUUAAAAAUCAUGAAAAAUGAAGAUGUCUUUAUUCUAUGUAGAGAGUAGAUGUGUUGUCUCUUUAAUGUUUCCAUUGUUUUUCAUUCCUGUUUGACUGCUGUUGGAUGUUACCUCUUUUAAGGUUUUGUAUAUAAUUGUACAGUGUUCUAUGUUUUAUAUUAUUUAUCAAUAAAAUAUAUGUGUUAAAGAUAUGUAAAGAAAAUGGUGUACUUUUAGUAUAUAUGGUUAAUUUCCUAUACACCCAAUUUUAGGGAAGUUUUUUGACUUGCUCCUGCUUCAACAAAAGAAACAUUUCUGUCUCAUGUCUAUUAAUGCCCUUUUUGUUGAGCACUUUUCAGUUUACCUGGUUACUGUAUUGCUUUUAUGUAUUAAUUCUAAUGUUCACAACCACCCCUUUAGAAACACCCUCACAUUACGAAUAGGAUGUACUAAAUUAAAACUACUUUAUGAACAAAAAAAUGAAAAUGGUAAA